GGCCUUCAGUGACGCGCCUCGUAUCACAGUGAGAGAAGGCGAGUGAGAGCCAGUGCUUGUGUGAGUGAGGGCGAAUGAGGGAGAGAGAGUUGCACGUGUUGUUGUGUACCCCAGAGCAGCGUAUAGCGGGCUUUUUUGUUGAUGGUUUUGUUUUAUUGCCCUGAGCUGCCUCCUUUGCUGUAGAAAGAAAAAAGGAGAGGUAGAGCACGGUUUCCUCGGUUGCUCUUUCUCCUCGCUCUCAUCUCGCUGUCUACGUGAAGACUAUGACAACAUUCUGAGGGGCGUGGGGGUGCACCGUCUACCUCUACCCGUCACCUGUACCACGCCAGAGAAAACGGUACCAGCAGGAGUAAGGAGGCGCCGUAGAAGAAGACAAUGUCGCGUGGAGUCAGGAGAGGCUCGUCCAGAAGAAGGGGCCAGCCCAUCACCACCAGGACGGUGCUGGUGAACGGCCGCCCGCCGGAGAACCUGCCGGAGCCGCUGAAGAUCCCUAAAUACGUCAACAACCAAAUCAAGACUUCCAAGUACACCUGGAUCAAUUUCCUGCCGAAGAACCUGUUUGAGCAGUUCCGACGUAUCGCCAAUUUCUACUUCCUCCUCGUCACUAUCAUUCAGCUGUCGAUCGAGAGCCCGGUGUCCCCCAUGACGAGCAUCCUGCCCUUGGUGUUCGUGGUGAGCGUGACGGCGGUGAAGCAGGCGUACGAGGACUGGCUGAGGCACCGCGAGGACAACAAGGUCAACAACUCCCCCGCCACGGUGCUCAGGGACGGCGAGGUCAAAGAGGUGAGGAAUCAGGACAUCGUGGUGGGGGACGUGGUCAAGGUGGAGGACGAGGAGGGCUUCCCAUGUGACCUGCUGCUGCUGCUGUCCUCCAACCCCGAGGCGAAGUGCGAGGUGACCACGGCCAACCUGGACGGCGAGACCAACCUGAAGACGUUCGUGUGUCCCGGCGAGACGCAACACCUGCAGACACCUGAGGACCUGAGCGACAUGAGGGCCGUGGUGGAGUGCCAGCUCCCGCACGCCAACCUCUACGACUUCAAGGGUCGGCUGGACGUGUACCGCGGCAACGAGCGACCGGACACGACAUCGCUGGCCACCGACAACUUGCUGCUGCGGGGCGCCAGGCUCAGGAACACGCCCUGGGUCUACGGUUUGGCCGUGUACACAGGGAAGGACACGAAAAUGGCUCUCAACCUCAAGAUGACCAGCGCUAAAUUCUCCACGGUUGAAAAGACCAUGAACUACUUCCUCCUGUUCUACCUGGUGGUGCUGGUGCUGGAGAUCACCUGCAGCACCCUCGUCAGGUACCUGGUGUACGACGACCCCUUCUUAGACGAUAUGUGGUACCUGGGCAAAAAUCCCAACGCGACGGUGACGGCGCGGGGUGUGGUGCAGGACACGUUCUCCUUCCUCGUCAUCUACAACUACGUCAUCCCCAUCUCCCUCUACGUCACGCUGGAGAUGCAGAAGUUCCUGGGGGCGAUGUUCCUGGAGUGGGACGACGAGCUGAGGGGCGGCGAAGGGAACGAGCGGUGUAAGUGUAACACCUCCGACCUUAACGAAGAGCUGGGCCAGGUCCAGUAUCUCUUCACGGACAAGACGGGCACGCUGACGGAAAACACGAUGUACUUCCGCCAGUGUUCCGUGGACGGCGUGAAGUACGUGAGCACCGACGGGGAGCUGCAGCUGAUGGACGAGAAGAACAGCAACAGGAUCCUCCCGCUCUCUGCCUGGCCGACAUCGUUGGAGGACUUUCUGGUGACGCUAGCGCUCUGCCACACCGUGCAAGUCACCGCGAAGGGCAAGGCUAGGAGCCCCCCGCUGGUGAUGGACUCCGGCGAUGUGCAGAUGGCGGACCUCUCAGACCGCUACCAGGCCUCCAGUCCGGACGAGAAGGCGCUGGUGGAGGCGUGCGCGGGCUUCGGCGUGGUGUUCGUGGGCCAGAAGAGGGACACACUCGAACUCAGGGUGCGGGGCCAGACCAGGCGGUACACACGUCUGCAGGUUCUUGACUUCGACUCGGACCGCAAGUGCAUGUCGGUGGUGGUGCGCGAGGAGUGGUCGGGGCGGCUGUGGCUGCUGACCAAGGGCGCGGAGAGCAGCGUGCUGAGGCGCUGCCACGUGGCGAGCGAGGACGAGCAGCGGAGCCACGACGCCACGGCGGCCCACAUCGACGACUACGCCAUGCUGGGUCUUCGCACGUUGGCGGUGGGGCGGCGGGAGCUCAGCGACAAGCAGUACAAGGAGUUCGCGGGGCAGCUGUCCCUGGCCCGCUCGGAUCUGGAGGAGCGCGAGGCGGCGGUGAGGAAGGUGACGGACCUGAUGGAGGCGAAGCUGACCCUGCUGGGCGCCACCGGCGUGGAGGACCUGCUGCAGGAGGGUGUGCAGGAGACGCUGGAGGCCCUGCGGGUGGCCGGCAUCAAGGUGUGGGUGCUGACGGGCGACAAGGUGGAGACGGCGGUCAACAUCGCCUACUCGUGCGGCCACUUCAAGAAGUUCAUGACCGUGCUGACCCUCACCGGCCUGCAGGACCCCGAGCACGCCGCCGCCAGGCUGCAGCAGUGCACGCAGGAGUCCGAGGUGGAGGGGAACUACGGGCUGGUGGUGGACGGCGCCUCGCUGCAGCUGCUCCUCGACCGCCUCAAGGACGAGUUCUACGCCGUGUGUCGCCGCUGCAUCGCCGUCACCUGCUGCAGGAUGUCGCCCAAGCAGAAGGCAGAGACGGUGCGGCUGGUGAAGAAGAGCAAGGAGAGACCCGUGUGUGCCGCCAUCGGGGACGGAGCCAACGACGUCUCCAUGAUCCAGGAAGCGCACGUCGGCCUGGGCGUGAUGGGCAAGGAGGGGCGGCAGGCGGUGCGGUGCGCGGACUUCGCCUUCGCCCGCUUUCGUUUCCUGAAGCGCGUCCUGCUGGUGCACGGCCACUGGUACUACGUGCGGGUGUCGACGCUGGUGCAGUACUCCUUCUACAAGAACGUCACCUUCAUCACGCCGCAGCUCUUCUUCGCCAUCUGGAACGCCUUCUCAACCCAGAGUGUGUACGACAGCCUGGCCCUCACCAUGUACAAUAUCACCUUCACCUCCCUGCCCAUCAUCAUCUACGGCAUCUUCGACCAAAACCUACCUGCCCACCUGUUAAUGGAGCGGCCUCACCUGUACAAGAACAACGCGAUGAACGCCGCUCUCUCGCCGCUGCAGUUUCUCAAGUGGACCUUUUUUGGUCUGUUCCACUGCUCCGUCAUGUACUUCGGCCUCAUGCUGGCCUGCGCGGACGACACCUGCGGCUUACCCAACGGACAGACCCCCGACCUUUUCCUCUUCGGCACUACGCUCGUCUCCAUCUGCGUCGUCGUCACCAACUUCAAGCUGAUGUUGGAGGCGCGUUACUUCACUCACUUCUUCUUCUGGUCAGUGGUCAUCACGCUCGUUGGCUACGCUGCUCUGUCGCUGCUGUACCAAGGCUUCCUCAUCGACUUCUUCGGUAACUACGGCGUGUACUGGACCUACUACCGCAUGUUCGAGAGCUGCUCCCUCAUGCUGGCUUCCAUCCUGCUCACCAUCGUCUGCCUCAUUCCCGACGUGAUUGAGCAGGUGAUCCGCGCCUACAAGGACGUGAGACUGGAAGAAAGGCGCCUCAAGAAGAAGAAGCGAGCCGUGUCCCUGAAGGCGUUCGUCGGCUUCGUCAACGAGGCCUUUGACGAUCUGGAGGGGACGAGGAGCCUGUGGGAGGUGACCAGGGUGAGCGACAAACCACCACUACCUUACACCGCCUACAGCACUCCCAUCAACACCAUCAACACUACUACCAACGGCUACAACACCACCACCACGAACAACCACUAUAACAACCAGCACAGCAACGCCACCGAGAAGACAAGCCAAAUGGAGCAGCUAACAGUGGAGAACCUACAAAAGCUGGACAGAAGAACGAUGCCUACGCUUGCUGUCAGUCCUCAGGGGAUGGACACGAUCACGGAGGAGACGAGUACGUGGUCGCAGGAGAGCUUCAUCAUCUGACGCACGAUAGAUGGCGUUGGCGAGGUGUUAGUGGCUCGUAUUCUCAACCAUUUCGGGGCUCACACACUCAGAUUUGGUAAGGCGUUCGUAGAGGUUGUGUUAGUAGUAUUUCCACGGGUAGUUUUAUGGGUCUACUGAUAGUUCAAGGAGGCUUCUGCACCGUGGAGAACAGACAUGAGAACCCGACUAAUCUCCUUUGUGGUCUUUGGAAAUGUUUGUUGUGAGAGCCGAAAGCGUCUGAGAAUAGAGGUUAAAGCUGGAACUGGCAUUUAAGUUCAGUUUGUACGUGAC